AUGGCUCAAAUGCUAUUUGGUGAAUCUUUUGGAAAGUUUGGAGAUUUUGGAAGCUACCCACAGGGUACUGCUGGUCCUAGCAAUGCAAAGCCUACUGGACCAAGUGGAGAAAAAAUUUCUGAAGUGGAAGAAGAAGAAGAGGAGCAUGUAGAAGUUGCUGAAAAGGUACAAGAAGAAAGUAAGCUAGCUGUGGUUGAAGAAGUAGAGAAAAAUGAUGAGAAGGAAGAAUCUGCAGAAGAGGCAUCAGAAGCAGAACAAGAACCUAACAAAGAAAAAUCAAGAGAAUCCUCCUCAUCUCAUACUAAAAGAAAUAGCAGCAAUGAAAAUGGAAAAAGUGAAGGCGGAAAUAGUUCAGGACAAGAAGAGGAGAAGGAAGAUGUUGACAAAAAGAAAGAAGAGCAGUCACAAGACCCAUCCUCUGAUCAACCUGACUCUCAACCAGUACCUGAAUCAACCAUCUUUUUACCCAUGCAAUAUGGCCCUAGAAGAACCAAAGCACAAGCCAGAAAAUCAGUUCUACCCAUUCCUCCAAAAAUCCAAGUAACCAUACCUGAAAAAGCCCCCAAAGAAGAAGAAACAAGCCAAACUUGUUGA